UAUGCAAAGGGUUGGGAGAAGGUCAGCGAUGGAGAUGGGGAGAUGACAUGGCCAGCGAUGGAGGGUAGGCCUAUAUAAGUCCAAGACAGAAACAGGACGGACACGUUGAGACGAGACCCUCCUGGCUAAAGUCGCGGAAGAAAGAGAGUUUGAGUGUGUCUGUACGUGUCGGCAUGAUGUGUAAACUCUUUCUGUUCUUCGCUUUGCUUCUCGCCAUCCUUGAACCUCUGCUGGGGCAUCCGUUGAUCCAUUCGGCAGAGAUGACCUACGCCAGGCCUGUUUUUGUAGAAGAGGAGCAGGUGGUCAGUCCAGAAGACCUGAGUUACUCAGAGCAAGCGUAUCUGUCCCAGGGCAGCGUGGGAUUCGGUUACCCGUCCCUCAUCACUGGGGACAUCAGCAGUGAUGGUCUCAGAACAGCUGGAUUUGUCCCGAGUAAAGCUGCAAAAGAAGUGUUGCUGGAAAAGCCGUUGUUGAGCCGUUUUCUGGGCAGCAGGAAGCAGUACCGCAAACGAGGCAGCAACACAGAGUGUUUCUGGAAAUACUGUGUCUGAAACAUCUCAUGCGCUUAAAUUUCAACACUCAUGCACAAACU